AUGUCGGAACACGAUUAUUACUGGCUUCAAAGCUUCCUGCAGUCGGGUGACUAUCAGAAUCCUUUGAGAUAUGAUGAUCCCCCAAUACCAUCCUUUCAUGGACUCCCUGGGCUCAAUGACAAUCCGCCUCUACCGUCUCAGCAAUCCUCUCAGUUCUAUGACCCUCCGAUGCCAUCUACCCAAAGAAUGCCUACCGUCGAAGUCAACCCAUCUCUACCGUCUCGUUCCUCUCAGUUCUAUGUAUCUCCGUAUGCCUCACAAGCUCGGAGUCAACCUCAACCUCAACCUCAAUCUCAGUCCCAAUCUCAGCCUCAACCGAGGGCCCAACCUUCACUUCACUCUCAGCCUCCCACCCAUUCGCAGACGUAUCCUCAACCGCCGCCUCACUCUUUAGUACAACCUCAGAACUAUGUGACACCAAGCAAUAUCAUGCGCUCGAUUCCUCCCAGCUCAGCUCCUCCGUCGCGUUUGUUCGCCAUGGCUCGACCACCAUACACAACACCAGGCCAGGCCCAAAACUCGGCUCCAUUAAACUCCAACCCUCCGCAGCAUGCGCCUCCUCCGAGCCAGCCCCCGAAUCAUGAUAGCCACGAUGCCAAAAGACGCCGCGUUACCGACGAGAGUUUCUCUGCCGCCAGAAUGUACAAACAACCUACCGGUCAAGUCCCAAAACCGCCUCCCAGUCAAGGCUCAAAUCCCGGGGGUACGCCAGGUUUUGGAAUGCUUGCCUCAUACAACUACUCUCCUAGAGAUCCUACGAGCAAGCUGGGCAUUAAAAACCGGUCAGACAUCGCAGAGCCCAUGAAACUGGCCGAUGCUGCGGAGAAAGAGACGUACGAUCCCUCGACGAUUGCAAGAGAUGUUUUGAUUGCUGUUGGACGUCACCCGACCGAGAAUUGCUUAAAUCACCAUUUGCUCCGCCUGCGCGAUGUAUUCCCCCUCCUUGGUAUCUCGUCGGAUUUGGAAACCUUUCGUUGGGACUUGGUAGACCAGGCGGCAGAGCGCGCGACUGCUGCACGUGACCCUGUCCAAAUCCACGCGCCCGUGCCCGCGCCCGCACCAAAUUUCGGCGUGGUUCCGCCUGCCGCUCCACCAGCAGUAGUGCCGCCUGUCAACAAACCCACCGCCCAGCAACUGCCACCACCACCCAGACAAGUGCUUGGGACACCUGCUCAGCAGCAACCCCAGCACCUUGCAAAAAACUAUCAGCUUCCUCCUCAGGUCCAGAUUAAGCAUACCCCACCCCCACCACAAUCGCUUUCCCGUACACCGCAGCAGACCCCACAGCCUCCCCCGCCGAAGCCUCAGACAACACCCAAAUCACAACCAAAGGCUCCGUCGCAGUCGCCGGCCAAAUCAGUCACUCCAACUGUGCAAAUACCGUCGGUGAAGAUGAUCGGGAAGAGGCCUCCUGGCAGACCACCGGGCCGUCCGCCUGGAAGCACCAACAAGGUCCAGAAGGUUCAGGUGGCUGUCCCUCCCCCAAAGGUCAAUUACCCGGUCUAUGCGUGCGAUUGGGAGGACUGCAAGGCUAGGCUGCACAACCUCGAGAUGCUGAAGAAACACAUCUACAAAAAUCAUGUCACAUACAGCAUUUCUUGCUCGUGGAAGAACUGCGACCUGGAGCAGACCAUGCCGGCUGCCGCGCUCUACAAGCACAUCAAAAAACAGCACAUUGACCCCAUUGCUUGGAAAUUGGGCGAUGGGCCGUCAGUACCUGGAACGGGCGAUACUAGCGCGACUGCUAGUCCGGGACCUUUUACCCUUCCGUCCUCUAAUCGACCUCAAGGCCAAGAUUCCCUCAUAUUUCCAGCCAGUUACAGCUCCAUUCGCGCAUUCAAUCGGGUUCACGGCAAGAACACCCAGCACGAGAAGGCGCGUGAAAUCUUGAAAGCUGUGCAAAGACUCAAAGGUCAGAUUGGCGUUGGCUUGGACCCGGGUGGAUGUCAGCUGGCGACACCCGCCAGAAACGAAAGACUUAGUAAUGACGAAGAAUAUUAUGAAGUGGUAUCUGGUGGAUAA